CGCGGUCCGCGCCCAUCGCCCAUCAUGUCGCUCGUGUCAGGCGAGAAGACGAACUUCCAGUACAUCCUGCGUCUGCUCAACACCAAUGUUGACGGCAAGCAGAAGAUCAUGUACGCCUUGACCCAGAUCAAGGGUGUCGGUCGCCGUUACUCCAACCUGGUGUGCAAGAAGGCCGAUGUUGAUCUGAACAAGCGUGCCGGUGAGCUCACCACCGAAGAGCUCGAGCGCCUGGUCACCAUCCUCCAGAACCCCACCCAGUACAAGAUCCCGACCUGGUUCCUCAACAGACAGCGCGACAUCGUCGACGGCAAGAACUACCAGGUCGUCUCCAACUCCCUGGACUCCAAGCUCCGUGAUGAUCUCGAGCGCCUGAAGAAGAUCCGCGCUCACCGCGGUCUCCGUCACUACUGGGGCCUCCGCGUCCGCGGCCAGCACACCAAGACCACUGGCCGUCGCGGUCGCACCGUCGGUGUCAGCAAGAAGAAGGGCUAAAUCAUUCGUCUUCAAAUUCCACACGGUGUUCAUUCUUUUGUCUUCUUCGAUUUUUUUUUGCGGGCCGGGAAAAAAAAG